CCUUCAUCUUCGCCAGUCUCCUUCCCCAGUAAGGAGAGAGGGCUCUUAUUUGUGUGUUAUAAAUUGACAGAUUAUAUAUAUAUCAUAGUUCAUAAAAUAGGGACGCGGCGUAAUAUCCAGCUGCCAUGGUACUCAAGGCUGCGUACGCUCUCCUUGACGCGGUCCUACUUCCCAAGUACUACACCCAUGCCUUGAUUGCGGUGGCCGCCCUUGUGACGAUUUAUACCUAUGCGCAGGGCCGGAAGACGAACAGAGAACGAGAUCUACAUGCCAGGAUAAUUCUCAUAACCGGAGCCUUCACGCCGCUCGGGCUGACAUUAAUCGAUUCACUCGCUCGAAGGGGCGCACAUAUAAUCGCACUCACGCCGGAUGAUGUGGAGACAGGGCCAUCGAGCGUCAUGGUUCCUCUUCUCCGGAGUACGACGAACAACGAGAACAUCUACGCUGAACACUGCGACCUCAAUUCCGUCUCGUCUAUACGAGCAUUCUGCACCGGUUUCGUAAAAGGAGAAGAACAAAGAAUAGAUGCUAUCAUCUUUGCCCACGAGUACGCCACUAUCGGUUCCAUAUUCUCGAGAGGUUCCGCAGAGAAGGACAGGCAGAGACAGGCAGCUUCAUGUUCGACUUUCUUGCUUACCACACUAUUACUCCCUGCUCUCCUCGUCGCACCCGUCGAACGCGAUAUUCGUCUUAUCACCCUCAUCAACCCGUUCUACGCUGCCGCCGCCCCCCUCUUCUCAAACAAAUUCGCGCCAUCCCCUCCGAAUGCACCACCGUCAUCAGUCACCAAAUCGCUCUUCUUUACGGAGGGACAGCGUGCACUUCGAACGGCCGUCUUGAUGCGUCAUCUUCAACGCAUCCUUGAUGCAUUACCGACGAGCUCGCAGGUACCUCGUGCGGACACCAAUACACCUAUCGUGCCUGUUGUUAGCGACAAGGUACAGCGUUCGAAUAUUGUAGCGGUGACCGUUUCGCCCGGCAUGAGUCGGCACGACAUCGUCGCGCCUCUACUUGGAGCAGACCUAAGUCAGCGUCAUUCAGUCUCGUGGAGGGGCCUAGCUUUAUAUAUUCUAUUGAACCCGCUCUUCCGCAUCCUAGCGAAGAACUCGAACUCCACUCUCCAAAGUAUCCUACACGCUCUCUUCCUCCCUACACCCUUCAAAUUCCUCGAUGCGACCGCUGCCAACGAGGCCGAAUCGACCGGAGACGCCGAGAGGGACAGCGAAGUUCUCAAGCCGGGAGCUCUCUAUACCGAAUGCGCUGUCGUCAGAAUCAACGUACCCCCUCCGCCAACGCCUCCAGAGACCGACUCUGGCGAAGCCGCUCCUUCCGAGAAAGAUGAAAAGGAUAAGAAGAGUGGUGCGACUGGAUCUCAGAGGACGAAGACGAAAGAUGAUGAAGAAAUGGGCGGUGAAGCGUUGGGAACGCUUGUGUGGGAUGAGUACGAGAGUGAGUUAAAGGCAUGGGAAGAGGAGGAAGAUCGGAGAGUUAAGGAGGAGAAGGAAAAAGAAGCUAGAGAAGCAAAGGAGAGAGGUGUCCCCAGUAUCAAUGUCAGACCUUCGACUCCUCCGACAGUGGACGUGGACGCGGCGAGUAGUUGAGUGAGAAUGGGACGCUUAGAACUUCGGAACCAUGGACUAGUACAUACAGUACAUAAACUACUCUUAUUAUAAUCUUCAUGCGACAGCCAUGGAAAAUACCUACAUCCUAUGCCCUG